GCAUUCACUGAGAAAGAGAGAGAGAGAGAGAGAGCUUGAAACUCUAGAAUCGGAGCACCAUGGCGGCAAGGCAUCAGAGCACCAUGGCGGCAAGGUACGUGGCGCGGAGGCUGUUCAGCGGGAAGGUCCUCAGCGAGGAGGAGAAGGCCGCGGAGAACGUUUACAUCAAGAAAAUGGAGCAAGAGAAGCUGGAGAAGCUUGCUCGCAAGGGAGUAAACAAUCCCGGAGAUCAGGCUUCGGCAACUGCAGCAGGUGAUGCAAAAGCAAGUGGGUCGACAGCUUCAUCGACUGCUGGUGUCUCAACUGAUAAGAAUCGCAACUAUGCUGUGCUUGCCGGCGCGAUUGCCGGUCUUUCUGCGCUUGGCUGGUACUUGUUGUCGAAACCCAAGAAAACUGAAGAGACCACUGACUGAGAACUCCUGAUCACAGAGAGAAUUUGUCGUCUACUUUUACAUUUCCGGGUUCGUAAACAUGUAAUAAGAUUACAUUCUGCUUAUCAGCUUCCAUGGAUUCUGGCACACUGUGAAGCAUGAUUUUGUAAUGAGAAAUUUUCUCCUGUUAGAGGAGUUGUUACUCUAUUCCUGUUUCUGGCAAUGACUUGACUUGACUACUA